AACAUAAGAGAAAUAUAUGAGCGUAUGGACCCGAGAUCUACUGGCUGCUGCUACGACGCGAGAUUCUUGAACUUGUGGAUUCAGAAUUAAAGAAAAUAAAUUAAUAAUCGAAAUUAUGAUGAAGUGUUCGCAAUUUAGUCUGAGAGUGUGUGUGGCAGUAUUUCUUGGACUCAUAUUUUUGUGCCACAAAUCGGAGGGAAAUCCUGACGCCAAGCGACUCUACGAUGACUUACUUAGUAACUACAACCGCCUCAUCCGGCCAGUGGCGAAUAACACGGAUAUUCUAACCGUUCGACUUGGACUAAAGCUCUCCCAGCUCAUAGGCGUGAAUCUCAAGAACCAGAUAAUGACAUCUAACGUGUGGGUGGUACAGAAAUGGCAUGACUAUAAACUACGAUGGGAUCCCGAGGAAUACGGAGGAGUGGAAAUGUUAUACGUACCGUCUGAGCACAUCUGGCUGCCCGACAUAGUGCUAUACAACAACGCCGACGGUAACUACGAAGUCACCCUGAUGACUAAAGCCACCCUCAAGUAUACGGGCGAAGUGAACUGGAAGCCUCCCGCCAUAUACAAGUCCUCAUGUAAGAUCGACGUCGAGUAUUUUCCUUUCGACGAACAAUCCUGCAUCAUGAAGUUCGGCUCCUGGACUUACGAUGGGUACAUGGUGGAUUUGAAACACAUGGACCAAAAGAGCGGCAGCAACACUGUGCGCGUCGGCAUUGACCUAAAAGAGUUCUACAUGUCAGUUGAGUGGGACAUCUUAGAGGUGCCAGCCGAGCGAAACCAAGAGUACUUCCCGGGCGUCGAGGAACCUUAUCCGGACAUAACGUUUUACCUGACAAUGAGACGAAAAACGCUUUUCUACACGGUUAACCUGAUCAUCCCAUGCGUGGGCAUCUCCUUCCUGACGGUGCUGGUGUUCUACUUGCCAUCAGACUCCGGCGAGAAGGUGGCUCUCUGCAUCUCUAUCCUGCUCUCACUGACUGUGUUCUUCCUGCUACUCGCCGAGAUCAUCCCUCCCACGUCUCUGGCGGUGCCGCUACUCGGCAAGUACCUCCUCUUCACCAUGAUCCUCGUCACGCUCUCAAUCUGCGUCACCGUCGGGGUUCUCAACAUCCACUUCAGGUCUCCCUCCACACACAAGAUGUCGCCGUGGGUGAAGCGCAUCUUCAUCCACAUCAUGCCGAGUCUGCUGCUCAUGAAGCGUCCGCACAACGACGCUGACGAGGGCAACCUCAGCGUUUUAAAAUUGGCAACUUGCUCGACCCAUAGUGACGACCUCCGUGACAGCAUCGGUGACUUCAGCGCGGGCGACCACGAAAUCGGCAUGAAGUUCGGAGACGACUUCCUUGAUAGUAAAUGCGAGAUGGGUGGAUGUCACUUCCACGGCCAAAAGAACUACUCCCCAGAAGUCCAAAAAGCCAUCGAGGGAGUGCAGUUCAUUGCACAGCACAUCAAAGAUGCCGACCGCGAUGACGAAGUGGUGCAGGACUGGAAGUACGUGGCGAUGGUGCUGGACCGCUUGUUCCUGUGGGUGUUCUUCGUAGCGUGUGUGGCGGGCACGUGUGGCAUCAUCCUACAGGCUCCCUCGCUCUACGACACGCGCGCCCCUAUCGACCAGAGCUUGUCGGAAAUCGGUCUCAUCAAUCACGCUCCUUAAUAAUAUUAAUUCCUUCUUUCGUAUCUUUUGAAGGAAUAUAUUAUAUCACUGUAUCUUUUUUCAAGCACUAACUUCAAUCGAUUAGAGCUUGUCUGAAAUCGGUCUCGUCAAUCACGCUCCUUAAUAAUAUUUAUUUGUUCUCUUGUAUCUUAUGAAUCACUGUAUAUUUUUUUUCAGGCACUAACUCCCAUCGAUUAGAGCUUGCCUGAAAUCGGUCUCAUAAAUCACAUUUCUUAAUGAUAUUUAUUUGUUCUUUUGUACGAGUAUCUUUUCUGUGAAUAUAUUAUUUCAUUGCAUCUUUUUUCAGGCAAAAAACAUCAAGUUUAGCGGUCAACUCUCGAAGCUGCUUUGUUAGUCAAUAAGGUUUUCCAAAGCAUCGUACCUCCUAUCAUUGCCUAAUAUUUCUUUUGUUGCAUAUCUGCCAUAUUUUUCUAGCGUAUCUAGUACUCAUCCUUCUAAUUUUUCAAAUUGAUGCCAUUCAUCAAUUCAUUUUUAUAUCUCGUUACAAACAACACUCAGUGCGGCCUAAAAAAUGAGUUCACUGCUUUUCUAUUAAUUUUAAUAAUAUACUGUUCUUUAAAAAUGCCAUGUAGUUCUUUAACGUGCAACAUUUUUCGUGACCGUUCCUUAAAUUGCAUUUAGCAUGUGUCAAUGUUAGCAUCCUAGAUUAUAUGAAUAUUAUUAAAAUAUACUAGCUUAUCUUUAUGAAGAAAUUCAAGUAUAAGCAUAUGAGUUCAUUUUCGCCCUAUUUGCACGUAAAGUUUCUUGAUAUUUGCUGUAAAUAAUCGUUUGAUUUAAGUGAUACUUCCUUUACUUCUUCUAACGCACGCAAGUCUUCCUUCACCCUUCGCUUUAUAAGCGAAUAUAAAACAUAUUUUUAAUCCAAAUAUAGGCACAUCUCGAGGAACGUAUAAAUAUAGAUACUCGUAUUCCUAUUAAAAGCGAAUUUUAAAUCAUAUUUCUAAUGCUAUAGGAACAUCUCGAGGAACGUAUAAAUGUAGAACUCGUAUUACUAAGAAAAGCGAAUUUUAAAUCAUAUUUCUAAUGCUAUUGCACAUCUCGAGGAACGUAUAAAUAUAGAUACUCAUAUUCCUAUGAAAAGCGAAUUUUAAAUCAUAUUUCUAAAGCUAUUGGCACAACUCGAGGAACGUAUAAAUGUAGAACUCGUAUUACUAAGAAAAGUGAAUUUGAAAUCAUAUUUCUAAUAGCACUGACACAUCUCGACGAGCAUAUAAAAACAGACACUCGUACUCCUAUCUUCCAGAACAAGAGUUUCAUGCUCACUGGAUGAAGUAUUUAGAGAUUUAUUUUAAUGGUAAGAAAUUGGUUUACGUUUUUGUUUGAAAUACCUUAACAACUGACCGCCAAAUAAGGUCCGUUUUACUUAUGACUGUAUUUUGAAUCACGAUAGAAUCCGGAAAAUCUACCGGCAGGAAUAGUAUUGUAUAGUGUAUUUAGUUGAAGAAUCAAUAUCGUAUCUGACUUGUUUCCAAUGAAACUUGCAUUUAAGAACAACUUCUGCCAAACCAUACAAAUAUUAUAUAGCAGUAUCUGAGUUGAGGAUAAGCAAUCUGGCCUGUUGCUGAUUCUGGCAAGGUUCGAAGCCUGUUCCUAGGUUAAAAACUGCUAUUUAGAUAUGUUAUGAAGAUUAAUAUAAUAUAAAUGUGGCCUCUAGAGUUUGUGUGCGUGCCACAUUCUAGUAGUCCUAAUGAAAUCUUGUAUAAACCAUAAAUAUACUUGUAUACUCCCAAAAGGUCACUCCGAAAACUUAGUUAUGGACGCUUUAUACUCUCAAAACUUUAUUCCCAAGGCUUCCUCUUUAAAACCAAAAUAAUCCUUGUUGCACGCGUCUGAACACUCACGAAUUGCAUCUAAGUAGUAAGUAAUUUUUUUACUGGUUUUAUUAACUUAAGUUUGAAUAUAAUGUUUCUUCGAGUCCUUACCAACAGGAUUUCUCAAAUAUUUUUCCUCUGUCAAUUUUCAAGCAUAAAUCUAAAUUUGCUGCAAUUUCUUUUCGUAUCGUAAGCUUCCAGUUCCAAAUUAUAAACAAACUUGGGCAUAGUACAGUUGUACACUUCUCACCGUAAAACGCAGCUGCUCAGUAAUAGCCCUGUGAACGAAACUGUCAGAUCCUCUCGCCGCUAUCUUUUCAAGUUCAUAUGUACAUUUCUUGAAUCCAUUACUGUACAUUUGUAUGUUCCAUUGAAUCCAUUACGACGCCUUCACUGUAUAAUAAAGUGUGUACAGAGCACAGGCUAUGGAGCACAGGCUAUAGAUGCCGCUGCUGUCAUAUCGCUUAUGAACGCAACGAAUGAAACUGGCCCGAGAACACGUUCAAGUUUAUUAGCUUAACUGUUAUUCCCUCACCCAUCCAUUUGAGUACAUUUUUAUCUAUCCGCAAGCACUUCGCUGUAGAUAGCAACCGCUAAUGUGUGAAAUAAACACUAAAUAGAAAUUUUAUUUGGAAAGGAAAAAUAAAACAAUACUCACUUUGAAAUACUGAAAUUAUCGUCGCUGGACUGCAGAGAAAUAGUUACUCGUGUGCUAAAUGCUUGCGUUAAAUAGUUUGUAUUGCCUGUUAUUUGCAUUAUUUGACGGUGUUACGCUGCCGUUUGUACGCGUGUAUAUUACUUAGUAUUAAUAACUGUUCACUUUUAAAUGAACCUUUAUUAUUGUACGUUUCAGUGCGUGGUCUAAUUAAGUGAUGUUAAUGUUAGUUUGUUGGCAGAAAUCGUGGCUCAACUCUAAAUCUUUCUCUCGAUUUCUCGCAACUUGUGCAGGGAUUCUUUCGCAUCAGAUUAAAUAUAUUGCUGUUAAUUAAAUCUUUAUAGACUUAGUUAAUUCUGUGGAGUAGUUUGGCUAACCGUUAAAGUGACCAUUUAUAGAAAUAAAUUCAAUGAUCAUUUUAAUCUUCAUUUGGUCGAUUUUUCUGUGACAAUAGAAUUUUCGAUUCCUGCAAAUUCGAAAUUAUUUUCAACGUUUCGCAAUUUUAGAAGUUUAAAGUAAUAGCUGUAAAUAAGAGUUAGUCACCUAUGAGAUUUAAAUGAACAUAUUUAGUGGUAGCUUUUCUAUCUACAUGCAAGCCACCAAUCCUUCGGAGUUGAAGGGAUCGCUGGUUAAAAUCAGAGUGUAAGCAAUACAAACAGCAAUCGGGUAAUUGUUGUUACGGUAAUAUUUCAACAUUAAGAAAAAUAAACUUUUAUUUACUAGAAUUUGAACAGAUUCAUCUGCUAGACUUAAGAUUUUAACCGUUUCUUCAAGGGCUUAACCCUCUACCGCCGUAUGUUACUCUCUGGGAACAUAACUUUCAACUUAAACUACACAUAAACUAUUGAGUGCAACAACCUAAAGACGUUUGGGCGCAACAGAGAACAUUUUAACCCUCUAC